AUGAAUUCCCCGCCUCCGCCGGAUCUGCGUUUGCUGGACAUGACAGAUGGCAAGGAAAUCCAAGGAGAGACACAGUCGGCACCAGGUGAUGGGCGCGAUUUUGGUGAGAUCCUGAACAGGGCAAUGAACAGGGCAUCUGGACGCCUCAUCGCGCUUCUCCAAGAGGAGCUGGAGAGGUUAAGCAGCGAGAACGAACUCAUCGAGGAUAUCGAAGAGACGGAUGAGGCACUAUCGAACCUCAAUCCCGACAAUAGGAAGUCCGGGUGCCGUCUCUGA